UUGAGGUCUCGUUCUAAAGGUAUGGCUCUCGCUACGUUCAGCAACUGGGUGUUCAACUUUAUUAUCGGAAUGGUGUCCCCUGACGCUUUUGCGGGCAUCCACGGCUACUUCUACGUCAUCAUCGGAGGCUUUUGUCUCUUCUCCGCUGGUCUGGCGUACUUCUACUAUGUCGAAACUGCUGGACAUUCUCUGGAGGAAAUCGCCAUCGCGUUUGGCGACAAGGCCUUUGUGCACAAUGACGAGGAGGUGAUGGCUGAAGCCUCCGGAGACAUCGACAGCAUACAGAUGGUGAAGGCGUGAGGUAUGCUGUUGAAGCGAGAAGUAGUCUGAGGUAGCUAUGGGCUGUACAUAUCCUUCUCAUUUUGAGAUCAUGUGGAACAUAAGGAUUUUGUUUAUUUCUCCGCCAGCGCGAAUCUGACCAGAUCCUCUUUCAUCUGUAGCAACCGUAGAGGGCGAAUUGUAGCACUUCGUACCCCA